CUGUCGGGGGCGGGGCCGACCUGGGCUACCGGCUGUGCAAGUCUAGCCCUGCACGGCGAAGGCAGUGGUGGUGUCCCUUGCCUGUGGCUCCAGUUCUGCUUGCGCUCAACCACGUGGGCAUGGCGGGACCCCAGGAGUUUCUGAGUGGAAAGCUCCGGCUCUGCUUCACCCCCCCUGCCCGGACCAGCCUCCUGCUGCUCAGGUUCAACGAUGCGGCGCUGCGGGAGCUGCAAGAGUGUCAGCGACAACAGUUUCGGCCAGUGAUCGCUUUCCAAGGCAACCGAGGGUAUCUGAGGUUCCCAGGCCGUGGCUGGUCCUGCCUCUUCUCCUUCAUAGUGUCCCAGUGUGGCCAGGAGGGCCCUGGUGGUGGCUUGGAUCUUGUGUACCAACGCUUAGGCAGAUCUGGGCCUAACCGCCUCCACUGCCUGGGCCCACUCAGGGACCGCCUCACUAUUUGGGCAGCCAUGGAUUCUAUCCCAGCCCCAUCUUUAGUUCAGGAACACAACCUGACUGAAGAUGCCAGAGAUCCUAAGAACUGGCAGAACGUGGGAGACUAUUCUGAAGGAGACACAGGUUCACAACCACAGGUGACACUAGAAGAGGUGCCAGAUCCAUCAGCAAGCAGCCAAGGAGAGUCACUCCUAGGAUCCUCGAGGGAACACAUGGCACAGUGGGAAGUGAGGAACCAGACCCAUCUUCCAAACAGAGAGCCUGAUCAGGCACUGCCUUCCUCUGCUGGCCAGAAACAUCUGAGCAAGAAACGUCCAGCGCCUGCGGCCACUAUAGAGCUAAGAGAAAAGAGGCUCAGAACUCUGCCUCUAGCUCAAAGUCCCUUACAAGGGCUGCUCAGCGAGGACCUCCAUGAGGGAGAAGAUUGGGACCAAGAAGAUACACACGAAGUCAUGGGCCCUAGGCUGGAGCACAGUCCCUCAGUUCAAGCAAACUCUGAAUACCCAAGCCCUGAAGAGGUACCAGAUUACCUCCUGCAAUAUGGGGCCAUCCACAGUACAGAGCAGCGACAUGCUUAUGAGAAGGACUUUGAGACAGAUUAUGCUGAAUACCGCAUCCUGCAUGCUAGAGUUGGGGCUGCAAGCCAAAAGUUCAUGGAGUUGGGAGCAGAGAUCAAGAGAGUUCAGCGGGGAACUCCAGAAUACAAGGUGCUGGAAGAAAAGAUAGUUCAUGAAUAUAAAAGGUUCAGAAAGCGGCAUCCAGGUUACAGGGAAGAAAAGCGUCGCUGUGAGUACCUGCAUCUGAAAUUGUCCCACAUUAAAGGUCUCAUCCUGGAGUUUGAGGAAAAGAACAGAGGCAGCUGAAGUGGUC